AUGAUCUUCUCUGUCUUGUCGCCGCUCGCUGCUGGUCUGGCCAAAAAGUCUACCAGUGCUACCGUUGUUCGUGCUGGGCUCAGUACAAAGGCUGCCCAAGUCGAUCCCACCAAGAUCCAUUUGUACAAGAGCAACCAUGAUGAACGAGAAACGUGGCAUCACACUCCCUUUGCGGAACGAGAAGCUCCCAAGGCUAAACCCCAACCAAAAGCGAAAGCUGCAAUGGGAGAGAAGCAGGCGCCUUACUACAGAAAGUUCAUGAGAGGCACAUCCGGCAACAAGCAUGCUCCUGAGAGUGAAGGCAUGGGAAUGCACGGAACGAGCCAAGGUGGAGGCAAGAUCACUUCCUUGUAA